UAAUUCGCGAUCCUGGUUCAGCCGCUACAGUCGUAACUAGUUAUUUAUUAUCUGCAUUCUUGAACAGAAAACGCUGCAAGGAGGUCAGAGGAGAAGAGUCACAAAAUUGUUGAAAAAUGGCUGAUCAUUUAGGGCAACCAGCAAAUUCACCAUUAUUACACCCUUUUGUUCUCUCGCUUAUAUCCUUAGCUUUAGCAAUCUUACUCGUGAAACGCCUCUUUGCAGCUUCAGUUAGCCGCCAAAAACUACCACCUUCUCCAUCGAAACUCCCAGUCAUCGGACACUUGCAUAAAUUAGGCAAGUAUCCACAUCUCUCGCUCCAAAGGUUGUCACGGAAACAUGGACCACUCAUGCUGCUACGCCUUGGUAGCGUACCAACACUCAUUGUCUCCUCUGCUGAGGCAGCUCAGGAGGUCAUGAAAACUCAUGACUUAGCAUUUGCAGAUAGGCCUAGAUCAAAGAUUAACGAAAAGCUUUUUUAUAACUUUAAGGAUGUAGCGUCUGCGCCUUAUGGAGAAUACUGGAGGCAUAUGAGAAGUCUAUGUGUCAUCCAGCUUUUGAGUAACAAGAGAGUUCACGAUACUAGGAGAGUGAGAGAGAAUGAAACAGCCCUCCUGGUGAAGAAGAUUGUUGAUUCCUCCCCUUCCGUAGUAGACCUGAGCGAUUUGUUGAUGGCUUACACAAAUGAUAUAGUUUCGAUGUCAGCCUUUGGGCAGAAGUUCAGUGAGGGAGAGAGUGGGAGGCAGUUAAGGAGGUUAAUGAAAGAGUUUGUGAGUGUAUUGGGUGGAUUUGACAUUGGAACCUACAUCCCGCGGCUUGCAUGGUUUAGUAGUUUAUUGGGUCUCUACAAUAAAGCGGAUGCAGUUGCUAAAGAGUUUGAUGAAUUUCUUGAAAGAAUAGUUGAUGAACAUGUUAAUUCUUCGAAAGGAGAAAACGUUGAAAGUUCAGAGGACUUUGUAGAUGUUCUGCUUGAGAUAUACAAGGAUCAGAGCAUCACUGGCUUUUCUGUCGACAGAGAGAGCAUCAAAGCUAUAGUUCUGGAUGUGUUAAUAGGAGGAACAGAUACUACCUACACAGUUUUAGAGUGGGCAAUGGCAGAACUGCUAAGACACCCCGAGGUCAUGAAAAAAGUGCAGAAUGAGUUGAGAUUGAUUGGCAGAAACCGAUCUGCCAUACUCGCUCAAGAUGAUGAGAAGAUGCCUUACUUGAAAGCAGUGAUUAAAGAAACUCUUCGCAUGCAUCCUCCGAUCCCAUUAUUAAUUCCACGAGAAGCCAGGAACGAUGUCAACGUUAUGGGCUACGACAUUGAGGCCGGAACCAUGGUUCUUAUAAACGCCUAUGCAAUCGGAAGAGAGCCUGCAUUGUGGGACGAACCAGACGAGUUUAGGCCAGAGAGGUUCUUGGAUUCUGGUAUAGAUUACAGAGGCCACGACUUCCAGCUCAUCCCAUUUGGAGCUGGAAGGAGGAGCUGCCCCGGAAUUUCUUUUGCUAUGGUCACUAACGAGUUGGUACUAGCAAAUCUUCUACACAAGUUUGAUUGGGAACUGGCAAACGGAACCAAGGGGGAAGAUUUGGAUAUGACUGAGACCACUGGUAUCGCAACUCAUAAGAAAGAACCUCUUCUUGCUAUCGCAAUUCCUUAUUCUAUCUAACCUCUGCCCCUUAUAUGUGAAUUUGUCUAAAGUGUGUGAUUAUAUAUGUCCAUCUUCUUACUUUGUUUGUCAA